AAUCUGGUCUGUCUUCAACUGUUACGAUUCUGGGCCCUAAUCAGUAUUAUUUAUUCAUAGGUAAUAUAAUGUUAGAAUGUAUUUCUUUUCUGGUGUAUUUGUCCUAUUAGUAGAGUCUGUUCUGAAAUGAUAAGGCUUACAUAACUUUCAGCUUACCAUGACAGUCGCUUAAAUAUGUACUCAGACACACACAGCGUGAUGUUCCUUCCAAAGCUGUAAAGAGAAAAGAGGGCUCUUCCUUAUCAGGAGGAAGUAGUUUGGGAGACAGAACAUACCUUUAAUUUUUUUCCUCCAAAAAAGGCAGUGUGCAUUUUUCUCUCCUAAAUGUUUUGUGUCCUAGCAGUUGUGAAUGCUAUGGCCUGCCUAAAGUUUUACUGGAGACUCCUGUGCACCGAAACGCUCAGUAGGACUCUUAGGAAAUAAGUAUCACAGAGCCACUUAAAAGGAACAGCAAUCUAACCAAAGCAUCUACCAUUUUUCUCCCUAAGAAAGUGCUUCCAAUUCAGAAGCAGUGGUGUGAGAGAAUGCCAGCCACCUCAGCAGUAACCUCUGUGGACUCUUAAAGAAGGAAAAUGGGGCCCAGCCCCAAGGAUCCAUGGCUUCCCAGUAUUCUCAACAUGACAGUUCUAAGAAAUGAACCGAGAUUUUACUAGAAGUAAAAUGCAUCAUGGUUUGACUGAAAUACAUUCAUGAUAACUAGAGAAAGCAGUUCAUCCUUUCUUAUCAGGCUAAAUCAGAAUGUGAUAAUGUGGAGUUUCCAGACUAAAUCCAAGGCGGCCUAUGAGUCCCUCGUGGGACCCUGCGGUUCUGAGGAAUUCAGUCUGGGAUCUGUUAGUCCAGCCCACCAUUUCCAGGCGAGGAAGCAGCACUUGGUCCCACUAGUAGAUGGAGUCUACCCAGAGCCGAAUCCAGAGCCUAACCCUGGCCCUUUUCAAAGAGAGCCCAAGACAGGGAACCGAACAGCCAGCUUCAUGGAGGUGACCUCUGCUAUGGAAAGAAGUGGCACUGAGCCACCGUCCAGUAAUGGACACCUCCCAGGGGGCUGGCCCUGCCCUCAGGAAGACAGAACAUGCAGUCUGGUGGCCCCCCAGCCUCUCAGGGCACUGGGGGUGCAGCUCCAGCAACCCUCUGUGCUGGAGUCCAAGGUCAGGGCCUUGAAGGAAAAUAUGACAGCAGCCAAACAGGGGGCAAGCCCCUGCCUCUCUGCCCACGAGCAGCCAUCCCCCAAGAAACCCAAAUGCCGCCGAGGCAAGGUGGGUGGAGCCAGGCCCCCCUGGCCAGAUGCUGCAGUGGUCCUCCAUGCUCAGAACCCACCUGAGGGACAGCUGGACCACAGUGUGAGUGAGGAGCAGCCUGCCAGGAGUGGGGGCCCCAGACCUCCCAGGCCACCCGCUACCGGGCUCGAGAGCUGUAAUGGGAGGCUCCCUCAGACUCCAGAACCAGUACGGACACUGCCCGACCGUGAGGAGAGGGGUCUGCUGCCGGGGCCCAGCUCUUCGCAAGACAGCCCCGUCCACAGAGUCGUUCCAGGCCGACCCAGGGGCCCUAGAGCUUGUAACAAAAUCACCCACACACCAGCCCCGAAGCCAGAGAGGUCCUUCCCCCUUCAGGAUGAUCUAGUCACAGGGGGAGACCUGGGUAGCUUGUCUCUGACCUCUGAGGAGGACUUCGUCCCCAGGCCAGCCCUGCGGGGGGGUCUCUGGAGAGCUGGAGACCUGGGGGCUCUGGGCACUGGGGGCAGCACCUUGUCCCUGUCUGAACGGGUAGAGAGGAACCGCCUUCUUCUGCAGGAGAUGCUAAAUGUUGGGGGGCCGGCCCACCCCAAGGUGGGAAUCCCAGCCCGGACUCCAUCCUGGGACAGAGCUGGACCAGAGCGACCACCAGGAGACAUGGACUGGGACUCGGGCAUCUCCCUGCAGGACUCGGACCAGAGCAGGACCUUUGGACCGAAGCCGGAGCCCGUGCGGAGGAGCCCCAAGCACGAGGAAGCCAAGCACCUGCUGCAGCGUGCCCGCAUGAAGGCGAGGACCCGGCCCCUCCGCGCCAGCCAUGAUAUCGUGCCCACCGCUGACCAGGGCCGCCGGGAUGGUGCGAGGAACCCAGCCCUGGACCGGAGCCUGCCCUUUGCCUGCAGAGAAAACCUCCAGAACGGAAGCACGAGCGACUCCUCCAGCGGGGAGUCCAGCAGCGGGCAGUGGCCAAAGCGGGGCCCUUCCCCGUCCCACGUCCGCUUUGAGGACGAGUCCACCCGGGAUGCCGAGUCCCGCUACCUGGACCGGCUGCAGCAGCGCCAGCGCCAGGGGCUGAGCCCUGCGCUGCAGACUGCAGACCAAGGGCCCCUGCGCUCCAAGCCCGAACUCGCCGACUACAUCGCCGGGGGCGUCGGGCGUAGGGAUGCUGGGGGAGAGGCUCUGCACUGGCUUGUGGGCCACGUGGACCGAAGGGCCUUCCCGGCGCCACCGCCCCCUCGAGGCGGUGAGAGGACUUGUCGAGCCUGCGGCAGCUGCACUGAGGACCCACGCCCUGCCCCGGGGAAGGCAGCCCCGGACCCCGGGGUCCCCCAGGAGCGCGAGGCUCACUCUGGGCUGGAAGGAGUGUGGGCAGAGCCCCUUAGCUCUCGGGUCCUGAGCGCCCCUCUCAGGCUCCUGCCCGCACAGCAGCGCCUUUGCACAGAACGGAUCCGGGAGACUCACAUCGGAGGUUCUGCGCGCCCGGAGGAGGCGGACUCCGCCCUCGACAGCACGGACACCUCGGACAGCUGCAGGACCGACAGCGAGGAUGCUGGCACCUCUCAGCCUGGCAGGACCCGCGGCAGCUGCCCCCGGCCACGGGGCUCCAGACCGCGCGGAAGCCACCGGUGCUUCUGGAAGGCUGAGACGGAGGCGCAUGGGAGCCCUCAGGCCCCGCACUCCCAGCCUGGGGUUGAUCUCCUGGAGGUUUCGGAUGAGGUGAAGGAAGUCAGAGGACACACGCCUGAGGGGACUCUGUUCCCCAGAGAAGAUCCUUUGUCCAAGCCUCCCGUGCAGGGACCGGAGAGGGCCUGCCUGGGGUCCCUGGGGUCCCCGGGGCAGCCCGGACCAGAACUGGGCAAUCCGGGAGCUCACCCUGUGGAUUCCGGGGCUCCGUGCAAGACGGCCUGCGCUGCGGCCUCCUUCGUGAAGCUGGCAUCCUCGGGGCCAGACAGACAAGAGCCGGGGAGGGAAAGCCACGAGUCUCUGAAAACUAUCUCCCUGCAACAGAACCAUGCAGAGCCCUCGGCCCCACGCCAGGCCCAGCAACCAACCACUCCACUUUCCCCCGAAGGCUGGGUGCCAACUCCCCCUCCUUCCAGGAAAACCACCUCGCCUGGGUCUCACAGGAAAGCACCCCGAAGACCAGGUGACCGGGGAGCGCCCUUGGAGCCCCCGCUGGCCCCUUCAGGAAGUGCAGUUCCCAGGACCUGUGAGCUCCCCGCCCCGCGCACCCAGCCCUGCAGCCCCCAAGCCAGGCACCCACUGCUGGCCCUCUCCACCACCAACUACAAAAGCGAGGAACUUGGGGGGCUGCAGGAGCCUGGGGGAGGCGCCACCCUGGAGGACAGGGCAGAGAAGGGCCCCAGCAGCCAGGAGCCCGAGGCAGCCCUGGAGGACUGCAGAGAUGGUGCUGGCACUGUGAGUUCCACAGGCGUCACCUUCUCCCUGGCCUUAGAGGAGCCAGAGUCCAGCCGGGAACCAGCGGGAGGCCUGCAGAGGACAGAGGCACAUUCCGAGGGCGACAUGUCAUCCCGAGCACUACCAGGGGUCAGUGCAGGACCAGGCCUGUCCUCAGCUGCCCCUUCUGACAGGAACAAGAAAACCAGCGGCAGCAUCGCCACCCUGGGGCUGAAAAAGUUCUUCUUGGCCCUGGGCCAGGGCUCACGGCCCAAGUUGGGCAAGUCCCGCAGCUACAGUGUGGAGCAGCUGCAGCCCCCUGCACCUGGCCCGGCUUCACACGCCAGCACCCCCAAAGUGAAGAGAGCCCCAUCGUUACAGUCCCUGCGUCUGGUGUCGCCCUCUCCCCAACAUCGGAAAGCCGCCUCCUUUCAGAACCUCCAUUCUCUGCUGAGUGGCAAGGUGGACAGGUCCAGCCUGUACCUGAUCGGGGAGCCAGGGGACCACAGUGAAUCUGGCAGGUUAGCCAAGGCUCCGCCCCGACGUGCGCUCAGCGUGGAGGACGUGAGCUCCCCCAGCCUGGCCCGCACAGUGGGCCGUGUGGUGGAGGUGUUCCCAGACGGCACAAGCCAGCUGCAGCUACAGCGCCCCCCAGAGGGCACUUUUGGCUUCUGUGUGGCUUCCGGGAACGGACGCCGGGACUCAGGCUUCUACGUGCAGGAGAUGGCCGACGCAAGCACAGCCAAGCUGUACUCGGGGCUGCUGGGGGUGGGGGAUGAGAUCCUCGAGGUGAACGGGGCCAAGGUUGCCGGGCUGGGACUGGCUCACGUUAAGGAGCUCCUGGCCCAUGCAGAGAACUUGUCACUCCGAGUGCUGAGGCAGAGGCCUGUCCCUCGAUGACCCAGAG